CAACCAAACAACCCCCUUCUCUUUCUCCUCCUUGCAGACUCGGUUUGAGCCUUUGCUCUCUGGAGAUCAGUUUCAGAAACUGUGUUCGAGAGAUGCACAUUCAUCACAUGGGAAAUAAAUAUAUGAAGAGCUGAGAGUUCUUAGAAAGAGAGGAGAGACAACAAAUGCCAUUGUAACUCAUUUUAGAAAUAUGGAGGACGAGAAUGGGCUUGAGCUAAGUUUGGGCCUUUCUUUUGGAGGAUCCUCAGGCAAAUCCAAAAGCAGAGAUGUUAGCUUAGAUCAUAGGAUAGAUGAAGGAAGUUGUGUGAAAACGGUGGGUAGCAGCAGCAUGGCUGCUUCUGAUGUACCACUUAAGAACUUCUUCCAAACUAACGCUGAAGACCAGGAGCACAGUGGGAAACAAGCAGUUCCGCAACCUCGAGAAAACUUCUGGACAGACCUGAACAAAUUUACUGUUUCGGUAUCAGAUGGUUCUGAUAAUAAACGGAGUAACCAAUUGCAGUUCAUGGGAAAUCAAGAGCCAUUUAUAGCAAAUAGCAAGACAACAAACAGUGAGGAAGACAAUUCAGGAGCCAAGAAACGUCGAUUGACCACUGAGGAAAUGAAUUUUCAAAAGAAGCAUGUGUCGUUGGUUGACCAUUCUGCAAUAGCUGGCAAGGGUCCUUCUGGUGAUACUUUUGUCAAAUUAUCACAUAACACACCUUCCAUGGAUGAUGGUUGCUCUGGUGAAAAUGACGAUGUAGAAGGGUCAGAGGCAGAAGGAUCAAACUCUUGGUUGGUUUCUCAGCGUGAGGACAGCUUUAAGCACUCGGACCUUCCUAAAGGUGCUGACAAGAGUGCCUCAUCUGGAAUCAGCCAUCAAGGGCAGAAGCAGCAACUUUAUUCAGGAAAUGAGUCCAAUCCUGGACUUGGGAAAGUUGCACAUGGAAUUCCAUUAUCACUUCAACCACUAACUGUCAUGACUGUGCCUUACCCAAUACCAGUUGAAGUACCACCUGCCGCUAGUGUACCUAACACGGUAGCUUUUCCUUCACCUUGUGUCAUGCAACUGAUGCCUGUUGCAAACAGUGAACAGCCUGUGGUCCAGGCCGUGAACACUAACAACUCGCAGAUGGCUUUUGGAUAUUCAACUAUCCAACUCCCAAGACUAGAAACAAAUUCUUCCUGGGCAUUUGGUUCUCAGUCUCAGCUUGUCUCUUCCUCUACAACUAAAAACCAUGCGGAUGGAGGGCCAGAUUCUCAGCAUGCUGAACCUCAUGUUCGGAUACCCCAUGGUUCCUCAUCAGCCUUGGCAUUGGAGGGGAGAUCGACAAAUUCCACAAAAGGUGGUAAGCAUGUUAUUGAUACUGGCACAUCUUCCUCAUCGCAUGUGGAAGAUGAAGCCAAGGGAAUAAAUACUGUUUUCUGGCAAAGUAAUAAAGCAAACCCUGAUGAAGGCCAUGAAGGAUCCCAAAUAAGACCAGGUGCUGCACCAAAUGUGAAAUUUGGAGGAUGUGGCUCAUAUCCAGAUCUCCCAUGGGUUUCAACAACUGGGCCAGGCCCAAACGGUAGAACCAUAUCUGGUGUUACCUACAAGUACACUGAAAACCAGAUAAAGAUUGUUUGUGCUUGUCAUGGGUAUCACAUGUCCCCUGGAGAGUUUGUUCGACAUGCUAGUGCAGAUGCUGCCGAUGCUGAAAAUAGUGCAACUCUUGCACCAUUUGCCACUACCAAUCCGGCAACUUCUGCACAGAACUAAUUCUCAGGCACCUCUUGUGAUGAAUUGCAGGGGCUCUUAUCCUUGGAGGACAUAUUAUGGACUAUGCAAUGAAGAUAAGUUAUUUAAGGUGGACCAGUUGUGAAAAUUGAGCAAGUUUAUGGUUUAUUAGAUUCCGAGGAGCAGACACUUCCUCGUUGUGCUGUUGCAGCUUUCUGUAUCACACAAGUCUGUUUAAUCUUCAGCAGGUAAAGAAUAUGGAAUUCUGCUAGGAAUCUAAUCAGCAGCAUACUUUUUCUACACCAAGGAUUGAUGGUUGUCGAUGUUGUAUAACAAGAUCGAAUCAAGAUUAUAGUUCUUGCUUCAACUCUUCUCUGUAUCUUUGCCAUUUCACAGCUAAUUACUCGUUUUAACUCAUUUUGGAUGGUCAUUUUAUUUGCAAUCUGCAUUAUAUAUUGGCACAGAUAUGAAAUAUAUCUCGGUGAUAAGAAGAAGGGCUGUUUGCAGCAUAG